AUGGCCCCCCCAGCAGCAGUAUCACCACUUUUCGUGCCUCAGGUUGGCGCCCCAACUGACUUCCAUGGAUUGGAGCCACAAUGGGACACUGUUGGUGUUGAGUGUUCAGGCUUGACCAACAAAGCCCUUGCCAACUGGCUACACAAGGAGCGCCACAGUCACUUGAGUCUUAUCCAAGCUGCGUGGGCCCUAUGUCUUAGAGGCUAUACUGGCUCUGAGGAUGUUUCAUUUACGUGCUUGGGCCCUGAAAGGAACUAUUGCUGUCAUGUCUCGCCCACACAACCUGUUCGGAGUCUGUUUGAUCUCCAGCAUGUCGAGUCAAUUGGACAGAAUCGCACAACAUUUUGGGAUGCCAUCUCGGUUGUCCUUACACACGAGGAUCUUAUUGAGGUUACGAACCCAUCAGCCAUGUUCGACCUCGCUGUCUGCUUCUCACAAAGAGUAGAGGCACAUCUACCCAGUAUCAAAGUAUACUACAGAUCAUCAAAGGUCAUGUCCGCCAUGGCCGAGAUGAUCGCCGCCACCGUUGCCAAGUCAAUUGAGGAAAUUGUUGCCAAGAUUGACUCUCAGAUCAACGACCUUGAACUCUGCAGCGACUUGGACAUCAACCGACUCGCCAGAUGGAACAUCCUAUCAAAUGCACAAGACCCCAUCCCACAACCCAUUCAUCGAGUCAUCUCUCAAAACUCUACACUGCACCCCACAUCCAUCGCCGUGUCAGCUUGGGACGGAGACUUUACAUAUCGAGAGCUGGACCGCCUUGCAACUGGUCUUGCGAUAUGGCUUCAGCAUCUUGGUAUCGUCGGUCCAGAAGUCUUUGUUCCUCUCGUCUUUGACAAGUCCAAAUGGGCAGUUGUUGCACAAUUGGCUGUUCUCAAGGCAGGUGGAGCAUAUUUCUUCAUCAACCCAUCUCAUCCUGUUCAGUACAGUCGUGAGCUAUGUUCAUCUUUGAACCCGCUUGUCGCAGUUUGCUCUGCAAACCACAGUGGCAUUGCAAAAGAGCUCGUUUGCGAGGCUAUUGCUCUUGGAGACUCGGUUCGUGAACUUUUGGAGUCCAUACCCGUGGACGAUACUCCUGGAUCACCAACAGUCAACAUCAGCACAUCAAAUGCUAUGUACAUCACCUUCACAUCUGGCACAACGGGGAAACCCAAGGGGAUCAUUACGGAGCACUCUGCGUUUUACUGCAUGGCUGUGGCGAACGCAAAGUCUCUCCAGAUCAACAACACAACAAGAAUGCUGCAGUUUGCAUCAUAUUCUUUUGAUGUCAGCAAUCGUGACACCCUUGUCACGCUGAUGUUUGGAGGCCGUGUUUGUAUCCCAUCCGAGUCAGAUCGUUUGAACAACCUCGCAGGGUUCAUGAGAGAUCAUGAAGUCAACCUCGCUAGCUUGACACCCUCAAUGGCAAGCACCCUUAGUCCAUCAUCAUGCCCUUCACUUCGAGGCCUAGUUCUCGGAGGCGAACCCAUGACAGAGAGUCAUAUCUCUACAUGGUCCAAACACGUACAACUUUUCAAUGCUUACGGUGUGAGUGAGAGUACUGGUAUCGCAGCAUUGGCCUCAAACAUCAAGUCAGGUGUUUCGCCAAGUAACAUCGGAUACGGGUGUGGCUCCAGAUUGUGGGUCGUUGCGAUUGAUCAGCCUGACAAGCUAGCACCGAUUGGUGCUCUGGGUGAACUGGUCAUUGAAGGCCCGUCCAUCUCGCGUGGUUAUCUAGAUGACAAGGCUCGAACAGACCAACACUUCACAUCGGAUCCCACAUGGAAGAAGCGGAUCUACCAGGAAUACGGUUCCCGUCAAUCUGGAAAGCGGACCUUUCGCACUGGAGAUCUGGUGAGGUACAAUCUCGAUGGAUCAUUGCAGUUGGCAGGAAGACGAGAUCACCAAGUCAAAGUGAACGGACAGAGACUGGAAUUGACGGCGGUUGAGCACCACAUUUCAGCAUGUCCGCAAGUACUUGAAGCAGGCUUCGGUCAUGUUGCUGUUGUCGCUGUCAAGGCUGGGAACAGCGGGUCGACAAAGCUUGUAGCCUUCCUAGGACGCGACACUUCUAGGGAGACGUGUACUCCCGCUCAGAUGGUACCGGAGCAGCUGAAGGACAUGGACGGCUUGAGGUCUGAUCUUGAGGGGUUCCUUCUUCUUGAUUUGCCGUCAUACAUGGUUCCGUCAGAGUUUGUGUUUUUGCAACACAUGCCCCUCACGACAUCCAACAAACUCAAUCGACUUCUUUUGCAGAACACCGCUGCUCAGGCAUUGGCAGUCGAUCACGAUGAACAGCUCAAUGGUCAUGAUCUGAGCGAUGGGGAAGCGCCAUCCACCGAUGAUGAGAGGAUACUUGCGGAGACGUGGGCUAAGAUACUUGGUAUCAAGGAGUCAACAAUCUCACGCAACGAUAGCUUCUUUCGACGUGGCGGCGACUCAAUGGCCGCCAUUAGAAUGGUGGCAAGUCUUCGUGAAGCAGGAUUUGUUAUCUCUGUAUCCGACAUCUUCAAGACAUCCAUAUUGUCAGAACUGGCUCUUCUCAUGGUUCAAGCAGAUGAUAAGUCUACAUCAACACUGCCUGCACCAUUUUCCAUGCUUGAGGAUUCUCAGAAGACCAUUCAGUCAAUUGCGACAGAGUCUGGUCUCCUAGUUGAUGACAUCGAGGAUGCGUAUCCAUGCACACACAUGCAGCAGGGACUUCUGGCCUUGACGGCACAGAAUUCGCGAGCGUACAUUGGCACCUAUUUCUGGCAACUUGCUUCUGGAGUGGAUAUGGAUCGGUUCAAACAGGCUUGGCAGGAUGUCUGGCAGCACAACCCAAUUCUGCGCACUCGGGCAGUACAGACACCAGAGGGACUCCUCCAAGUUGUCGUCCGUGCUGAUAUGCCAUGGGAGCUUGUCUCUUCCGUGACAGGCUUCUCAACGAAGAUUGACAUCAACGAGGGUCCUCUCGCCAGAUUUUAUCUGAGUGCGGACACUUUCCGUCUGGACAUUCAUCACGCUUUGUUCGAUGAAUGGUCUCUCGAUCUACUCCUGGCACAAGUUCAGCAAGCUUAUGCAGGAGAGGCUCUUCAGAUGAAGCCUUUCAGCCCAUUUGUGAGGCACAUUCUCCAACAAGACCACCUGAGCUCCGAGAAAUUCUGGCGUCAGCAAUUCUCGAGUCUGGAGGUCGAGCAUUUCCCACCCACCGCUUCGAAGGUGGGAGACACGACGAAGACAAAUGUGCUUGAGCGUGAUCUACCACUUGAUGCUGGGAUGUCGACCAAGUAUACGAUAUCAUCCGUCGUGAGACUUGCGUGGGCUAUUCUUCUGUGGCAUCAGACAGGUUCUGAAGAUGUUGUGUUUGGUGCUACUGUCAGUGGUCGAAAUGCAAGCAUCGACGGCAUCGACCAGAUCAGCGGGCCGACCCUGGCUUCUUUGCCUGUUCGCAUCAAAUUGCCAACUGGGAGUUCCGUUCAAGAUGGUCUAGCCGAGGUCCAGGAUCAAUUCGUCAACAUGAUCCCCCACGAGCAGACGGGCUUGUCACGCAUUCGACAGUACAGUAAUGAAGCUGCUGAGGCAUGCAACUUCCAGAACCUGCUUGUUGUACAACCACAUGAGCAGAAGGUGGACUCUGCUGUAUUUCGAUCCUCGACUGGCGGUGCCGCUUCGUCUGACAACACCACGGCUUUUGCAAGCUACCCCCUCGUCUUGACAUGUAGACCGGACGAAGGCCGAGUCAACUUCAAGGCGGCAUUUGACUCGGACUUGAUCACUUCAGAGACAAUCGAGGGUCUUCUCAGACAGCUGUCGCACGUUGUUCGACAGAUCAUGACAUCGGAAUCCGUGGCAAUUAGAGACAUCAGUACGGUACCUCCACAGGACAUGGAGAAGUUACAAAUGUGGAAUGAGACAGUCCCGAAAGCUGUCGACAUUUGUGUGCACGAUCGCAUUCGAGACCUUUCCAAGUCUCAACCAGAUGCACUUGCAGUUCACUCGAUGGAUCUUGACUUGACCUACCAACAAGUCGAGGAUUACUCCAAUCACUUUGCAAGUCAUCUUAUCAGUCAAGGUGUCACACAGGGUGACUUUGUGCCAGUCUUGAUUGAAAGGUCGCCCUGGGCCCCAGUCAUCAUGUUGGCAGUUCUCAAGACAGGCGCUGCCUUUGUUCUUCUUGACCUUUCACAUCCCAUUCAACGGCUAAGAACAAUGUGUUCUAUGAUCGACGCCAAGAUCCUUGUUGCUUUUGAACAGACUAGGCACAUUGGCGAAGGGCUCUCACUUCCAAUCACAACCUUUGAGCCGGUCGAGUAUCUUGAGAGACAGCACCAGGUGUGCGGUACUUUGCCUCCGAUUGUCUCUCCACACCUAGACUCGCCUGCAUGUGUUGUCUUCAGCUCUGGCUCCACCGGCGUGCCUAAGGGCAUCGUGCUCCCCCACGGCGCUAUCGCUACAAGCGCGGCAGUCAUGCGAGAACAAGGUAACCUUACCGCAACCAGUCGCGUGUUCCAUUUUGCCUCAUUCGCAUUCGACAUCAGUAUCGGAGAGAUCCUCUUCACUCUUGCAGCUGGUGCUUGCAUCUGUGUUCCUCACGAGCAGGAACGAAGAGACAAUCCAGGAAAGGCAGCAGGCGAUCUCAAGGCGACCUGGGCACUGUUGACUCCAUCCGUCAUCAACCUCUUCGAUCCUUCAGAUGUGCCAACUUUGAAGACACUGGGUUCUUGUGGUGAACCUCUAACUUCUCAGAUUGUGGACAUUUGGGCACAUAGGUUGAACCUUUUCGCGAUGUAUGCCCCAGCAGAAUGCACUGUCAUUUCUCACAUCGGACGCGUUCUGCCAGAGACACAUCCAUCUCACAUCGGUCGCAGCUUUGGAGCUGCAUCAUGGGUAGUUGAUCCGACCGACCACAACAGGCUUGUCCCCAUUGGCACAAUCGGUGAGCUACUGGUAGAGGGACCUGUAGUUUCUACAGGCUACUUGAAGGACAAGGCCCGCUCCGACCUGGUCUUUGUGGAGAACCCAUCUUGGCUCUCCCAGUUCCGUUCAAGCUGCGGAAGAAUGUACAAGACCGGUGAUCUCGUCAGACAGACACCAGAUGGUUCUCUCCAGUUCCUAGGACGAAAGGACGAUCAAGUGAAACUCCAUGGCCAGAGACUUGAAGUUGGUGAGGUCGAACAUUGCUUGAUGUCUGUUUGUGAGGACAUCAAGGCUGUCGCGGUUGAGUGCGUCAAGGUUGCGAACCAAAACAAUCGGGCUGUCUUGGUCGCGUUCAUUGCGCCGCACACAGAAGGAGCAUGGGGCCAAGUCGCAAGCGAGGCCGAGGGGGGUGAUGUACAGUGGGUUGCUUCACCAAAUGAGGAGUUCUACUCUACCAUCGAAACGAUGGACACAUCUGCACGGGAUCAACUUCCGUCAUACAUGGUUCCAGCGUACUUCAUUCCCGUCGCCCACAUUCCGCUUAGCCUUUCAGGCAAGAUUAAUCGACGUCUCCUGCGCGAGACAUUCUCAGCGAGCAUUUCGAAGAACCUCGAUCAGUACCAGUUGAGAACCAACACUGUCGAGGUGGAUGGAACGCCCGAGACUGCACACGAUCGAGAGAUUCAGGAAAUCUUCGCAAAGGUUCUCAGUUUAGACGCUCAGUCAGUUCCUAUGAAUGGUAACUUCUUCAGUAUGGGAGGAGAUUCGAUCUCGGCGAUGGCAGCUUCCACACUUGCUAGACGGAGAGGUAUUGACCUGGCGGUUGCUACCAUCUUUACGCAUCAGGUCCUUUCCAAGAUCUCUUUGGCAUGCGCUCCAGUUGAUGGGGAGACGACUAAGGCUGGGGAACACACCGAGGGACAGGCUGGAAAUGCUUCCAAUGGCGGCCACAUCACCCUCGACAAGCUCCCACAUCACAUCCCACGAGACGUCUUGGAGAAUGUGAUUGAAGCCAGCCCCGCGACCGAGUUCCAGGCAAUGACUCUGUACAACUUUUACAGUCGUUACCUCUGGAUCGCUUUGCCUGAUGGCGUGGAUGAGGAGCGUCUGAAGGCUGCUUAUAAUAGCCUUGUCCAGAAGCACUCCAUCUUGCGCACAGUCUUCUACACAAACGCCGACGGUUCAAUCGUCCAAUUGACUUUGCGUGAUAUGCCAGUCGCUUUGACACACUACACAGACGUCGAUGACAUGGAGAAGCAUUGCGCAGAUGACUCCCUUUCCAUGGGUGUCCCGAUUGAUGGUAACCCUGGAAUACAGGCCCAACUCUUGAAGUUGAAGGAUUCGCGAAAGAUCUUAGCAUUGCGACUGCCUCAUGCACUGUUUGAUGGAAUGUCUCUGAGUACCAUUUGCGAUGAUCUCAAUUCUGCGUAUAAGGGACAAGAGAUGUCGCCCUGUGGUCAGUUCUCGGACCAUGUGCGACAGGUCUGGGAGAAGCGAAGACCUGAGACUUACCAGGUUUGGAAGGAUGUUUUGCAGGAUACCCCCAUCACUGUAAUGGAUAGUGAGAGCCUACCAGUUGCGAAGAAGACUGCGUCAGCACAAGUCUCCGAUGAGCCUCAAUUGGUGACUGCAACAUUGGAGACUGGGCCAAUUUCAACACCCCGGAACUCGACCACGGCAACAUUGGUGAAGUUGGCAUGGGCGAUCACACUUUCCAAGCUAUUCACUCUAGGCCAGAACGACAACAGUUUGGGUGAUGUGGUGUUUGGUCAGGUUGUUCACGGCCGCGUUCUCGGAAUUCCCCACGAAGACCGUAUUAUUGGCCCAUGUCUCAACAUCAUUCCAGUACGAGUACACUUCCCAUCGUCUCCCGAAAAACACGACCUGCUUUCCCAAGUGCAACAACAGCACGUCCAGACAAUGGCGGUUCAAAACCUUGGUCUGGGCGAGAUCACUCGUAACUGUACCACAUGGGAAUCCGGGACCAGGUUUGGCAGUUUUAUCAGGUUCCAAAACUUCACCAACAGUCAGGAAUCUACUUGUGACUUUGAUGGACACGCUUGUGAGACGGGAUUGUACAGUUUGCCGAAUCGUCCGUCCAAGACGGCGGAUGUGCUUGUUGCUCCAAAGGGCUCGAGAUUGAGCAUCGCGAUGACGGUUUCUAGCGAGGUAAUGGAUGAAGAGGCGGCGGAUUAUGUGGUUAGAUACUUUGGUGAUGUGAUGGAAAGCUUGAGUAGGGAUGAGGAGGCUUGUAGUUAUCUUUGUUAA